CUUGGAAGGCAACCACCACAAGCUUUUACCAAGACAGCUUGUUUCAUUCCUUACAAUGCUUUUCAAAAAUCUUUUCGUUGCAGUCGCCCUGGUUGGCACCGCUUUGGCAUGCCCUCACCCUAAAGCUGCUGCACAUCCUAAAGCUGCUGCUCAACCUCAACCUGCCGAUCAUGCUCAAGCUGGUAGUGCAGCAGUGGCGGCAUCUUCAGCAAAUACCCAAGCUACGCAAAGCCAGUCAAAUGGCAAACUGAAGUGGUUCGGCAUCAACGAGUCUGGACCCGAAUUUGGCGAGGCUCACAUCCCCGGUCUAUAUAACAAGGACUACAUCUGGGUCGACACCAAACAAGUCGACCAGUUCCUCGCGCAAGGCAUGAACAUGUUCCGUAUCAACUUCCUGAUGGAGCGUCUAACGCCCAACUCGCUCACAGCCGACUUUGAUUCCAACUACCUAGGCAACCUUACCGCAGCCGUGAAGUACAUCACCUCCAAGGGCGCGUACGCCAUGGUUCAACCCCACAACUACGGUCGUUUCAACGGUCAGGUCAUCAGCGACACAGCGGCUUUCAAGACGUGGUGGACCAAUGUUGCUAAGCAGUACAAGGAUAACUCUCUCGUCGUAUUCGACAUCAAUAAUGAGUUUCAUGAUAUGUCAAACGAUCUUGUCUUUAGUCUCAACCAGGCUGGGAUUGAUGGUAUCCGUGCUGCUGGCGCGACGACACAGUACAUUACUCCCGAGGGCAACAGUUGGACCGGCGCCUGGACCUGGGUUUCCUCGGGCAACGCUGCAUCGCUAAUCAAGCUUAAGGACCCAAAGAACAAGCUCGUCUUCCAGAUGCACCAGUACCUUGACAGUGAUGGCUCUGGCACAAACGCUAACUGCGUCAGCUCCACCAUCUUCCAGGAGCGUCUUGUGGCGGCAACACAGUGGCUGAAGGACAACAAGCUCCAGGGCGUCAUUGGAGAGUUUGGUGCCGGAAGCAAUGCCCAGUGUCUUACUGCUGUUCAGGGUGGUCUCGACUACAUGGCUAAGAACUCUGAUGUGUGGCUUGGUGCCAUCUGGUGGGCGGCUGGCCCAUGGUGGGGCGACUACAUCUACAGCAUGGAGCCGACGACUGGCGCUGCUUGGUCGUACAUUCUGCCCAAGAUCAAGAGCUACUUUGGCCAGUAAACAUGCCAAGCUGGAGACUUUACUUGUAACAGACACGACUCUUGGUGCUCAGGAUGAAGGGUGCCUUUUUCUUUUUUUUGAACUGUAUAUACUCAGUUGGACUCUUUUUGAUCCCUUUUCUUCUUCUUUCUAUAUAGAAAACACAAUUUGAAAAUUUGUGGACAUUCCAAAAGUUUGUCAAUUUGCAUGUUUUGUCAUUUGGCCAACAGAACCUUAAGCACCACCCUCCCUCUUAGCGU